ACACACCACCCUCUCACGCUUCAUACCACAUCAUCAUCAUCUCCCUAUAAUACUUAUGUUUCUCUCACUAAAACAUUUCCUUUUCUCUCUCUAGAAAAAACAAUGGCAUCGCUACAGUCUUUUGCAAUCUCUUCACCAAUCUCUCACUAUUCCCCCCAACCGUACUCUCAUCCAGGCUUGGCAUUUGGAGGAGUUCACCCUAGCUUUCGCUCAUCGUUCAAUGGCCAAUCUUUAUGCUUAUUGCGUUCGAGUUUGCCAAGAAAAACUCGAACUCGAAGAAUGCCUAGACUGAGCAUAAUGAUGAUAAAACCCGCAAUUCAGUUCAUUCAAGGAACUGAUGAACAGACGAUCCCAGAUGUGAGGCUUACGAAAUCAAGGGACGGGACGAAUGGUAUGGCGAUAUUCAGGUUCGACCAACCCUCGGUUUUUGACUCGUCAAGUGAAGUAGGUGACAUUACUGGAUUCUAUAUGAUUGAUGAGGAAGGAGUUCUUCAGUCAGUUGAUGUUAAUGCAAAGUUCGUGAACGGGAAACCUGCAGGAAUAGAGGCCAAAUACGUGAUGCGAACUCCACGAGACUGGGAUCGGUUCAUGAGAUUCAUGGAACGAUAUGCGAACCAGAAUGGCUUAUCGUUCGUCAAGAAAUGAGGCAAUUUCACAUCUUUUUAGUUCUACAUUUUUGGGUCAACGGUUUCAAUUUUUCUGAUGCAAUUCGUGUUGGUGUAAUUAGGUGAAGUACAAGUGUGAACUUGAGAAAUUGUGAGUCGAGGUAAAUUCUGGUAUAUUAUCCCAGUAUAUGAAGAAUCUGGCAUUUUCAACCUCGAGUGAUGAUGUUCUAUCAAUUGCUUGAUGGACAUGUCACUGAA